AUGGUCAAAGCGACCCCACGAUUCUCUACCACAUAUCAAGGAACGGCUCUUGAUCUCACUGGUCGCCUUUUCUUACUGGAACUCAAGUCUUGUGAGAAUGAAGAGCAGUUCCAACAAAAGCUAAUCAAGACUGCCCAGGAUCUAGAUCUUGAGGAAUUCGAUAGACGAAUUCCUCAAGAUUCCGGUCCGUCGGCGACGUGA